CUCUCUCUCUCUCUCUCUCUCUCUCUGAAAAUCACAACAGGCAGCUUGCAUAUAUUGAUAAGAGUAGAUCAACAAAGGUGGUGCUGUCCAGUUAAGCAAUGAGCGAGCAGGUGAACCACCAGAGGAUCAAAACCAAUGGGAUAUGGAUGCACGUAGCGGAGCAAGGGAGUGGAAGUGGGAGACCCUUGGUUCUGCUGAUUCAUGGGUUCCCGGAGCUCUGGUACUCGUGGCGCCAUCAGAUCACCCAUUUGGCCAACCACGGUUACCACGUGGUGGCCCCUGACAUGAGAGGCUACGGUGACACCGACGCUCCCCUACCCCCCAAUUCCUACACCGUUUUCCACCUCGUGGGUGACCUUAUCGGCCUUCUUGACCAUUUUGGUGCUCAACAGGCAUUUGUGGUGGGACAUGACUGGGGAUCAAUUGUUGCGCGGUGUCUGAGCCUGUUCAGGCCGGACAGAGUGAAGGGGUUGGUUCUUCUGAGUGUUCCGGUUACCCCCAGACCCCAAAUCAAAUAUGUCGACCUCUUCAGACACAGAUUUGGGGACGGGUUUUACAUGUGCCAGUUUCAGGAAGCAGGGAGAGCAGAGAAGUCAUUUGGGAGGUACGAUUAUGUGACGGUGAUGAAGAAAUUCUUACUAAUCGACCAGACAGACCCUCUGGUAGCUCCUCCGGGCAUGGAGAUCAUCGAUGCUCUGCCCACACCAUCUUCGUUGCCUGCUUGGAUUGCAGAGGAAGACAUCAAGUUCUACGCAGACCAGUUUCAGAAAUCUGGUUUUACUGGACCCCUCAACUAUUACCGUGCAUUUGACCUGAACUGGGAGCUUCUUGCACCUUGGGAUGGCUCAAAAAUCACAGUUCGGACGAAGUUCAUAGUUGGGAAUAAGGACAUUGGCUUUGAUAGCGGGACAAGGGCAUACAUUGAAGGAGAUGAGUUUCAGAAGGUUGUCCCAAACCUGGAAAUGGUAAUUCUGGACGGCCACCACUUUAUCCAGCAGGAGAAAGCUCAAGAGGUCUCCAAUGAAAUCCUGUCCUUCUUGCGCACCUUUCCUCCAGAACAGUAGCGGAGUUAAUUUCUUCACUCUCUUGUCAGUACAAUCUCAUCAUUCGCUCUCAAUAAUUAUGUUUGAAAACUAAUAAUAUAAAAUGAUACAAAUUUAGAUGCAAAUAAAAAAUAUGAAUCUUAAACAAGGUUCAUAAUAGGCGGUACGGAUAUCUCCUUUUCUUUAAGGAGAUUCAAAUUUUCUCCUAUUAUUUGGUUUAGCCCACGACACUAGAACUUCUCAAGACUUGUCUUUCCUAGGAUACAACAACCCAUUAAAAUCGUACGACUCACUCUAAUUCUGCACAAAUUGAGGAGUUCAAAACUCCACUAAAAAUACCUUUCUUUACUUGCCAAACUCUCUAGAUUUAAGAUAAGAAUUAUAUGAUGAGAAUGAAGAGAAGAAAUUAGUAUGUUAUGCUAAUACUUCAAGGGCUUAUUUAGUGGCACAAAAUGACCCUUUAUUCUCUAUGUACACAAUAAAUAUGAUAUAUAUAUAUAUAUAUAUAUAUAUAGUAAGUAAAUACAUACUUAGAUCCAAGGUAAAUUCAUAUAAUUAAUUAUGCAUUUAUCAAAUACAUGAAUGAAUGACCAUAAUUAAUUGUGGAUGUAUCACCCAAUAAGGUACGUGAUUUUUUUCCUAGAUAACAAUAAAAUAAUAUAAUAAUAUUAAAGUAUACCAACAAUUUUCUCCUUAUUUUAAUAUUAUGUAUGUACCAUGUGUAAGAACCCGAACUCUGAUAAUGAGUUAAUAUAUAUAAAGAGAGGGAAAUUUUGGUAAAAGAGUAGGUUCGUCGACGAAGACGGAUUUCGUCGACGAGGCCUUUGUUAUUCUUGUCGACGAAAUUCAAAGUCUCGUCGACGAGAAAAAAGCCGAGGGGUUCAGGGAAAUUUAAAUAUCAGGGUUCGUCGACGAAAUCGCUGCCUCGUCGAUGAAAUCCCUGAACACCUCGUCGACGAGGAGACCAAUUCGUCGACGAAGCCUCUCGAGUCAAGGAUCUUUAUAAGGAUAUUUUGGGAUUACUUUGGGACUAAGUUUUCCCAAAAUCUCUCUCUCUCUCUAGAACUCUCCCUACACUCUCUCUUUCUCUCUCUCUCUAAUUUUCUUUGUCGUUCGUUGCUGGAUUCAUAAAUCCAAUGAUACUGCGAGGAUCAGUGAAGGAUUCUUUACGUUUCUAUUGGAUUGGAAUAUCAUUUCGAAGGAUUUCAGGUUUCGGGCCAAAAUCGAGGUAAGGCUCGAUUUUCAUUUCUGAUUCAGUAUAUGUAUAGUAAUACAGAUCGUAAGUAUGUUUUGUACUGUGGUUUGUAGAUUUCGGAGUCUCGGUUCGUAGUUUUGAGGACCAUAGAGUUCGUAAUUGGAUUUCGGGUUAAGAUUAGAGGAUUCUGUUUAUAUCAGUCCAUUUUUGAAAUCAGGAUCGAUAAGCCUGUAGGCUACGAUCGUAUGUAUGUUUUGGUUAUUUAUUUGGAAAAAUAUAUUGGGUAAAAAUGCAGGAUUUUCGAGUUACAGUUUUCAGGAAAAUUGGGGAUUUCGGGUAUCAUCUCUAUUUUGUUUGGAAAUAUGUUGGUUUUGUUAAAACUGUAUUAUUGAGGUAACCGUAAUCCAUAUUUGCAUAAACUGUAUACUUGAAAUUGUAAAUGAUAUGAUUUGCUGUAAACCAAAUAAGUAUGCUAUGUAUGGUUGUAUGUAUUUGUUCCAGGUAUUAUGUAGCGGCUAAUUACCGUACGCUGAAAUGUAUAGGAACGUGUCCAAAAUGAUUCCAAGAGUUUGUAAAAAAAGUCGUGUAUCGGUUAACCACCGUGGGCGAGAGUGGCCAGCUCUAUAUCCGGGGUGUGAAAUAUCACCAGUAUGUUUCGGCUAGUCACCGAAAGGUGUGUUUUACACCGUAUGUAGCCAUGGAUUCACAGUGGGCCUAGGUUGUCGCAGCGUAGUUGUACAUGUGGCAAUGUAAUCGGGGUGAGACUAGGUGACCUUGUGUAGUUGCGUAUGUAGCAAUGGAUUCACUAUUGAGCCUGAGUCGUAGAUCUUCAUAGUUGCAUAUGUAGUAAUGUAAUUGUUGUGAGAUUAGGUGACCUUGUGUAGUUGCGUAUGAAGUAAUGGAUUCAUCAUUAGGCCUUGAUCGUCGCAGCGUAGUUGCGUAUGUAGCAAUGUAAUCGCUGUGAGACGAGAUGACUUGGUGUAGUUGCGAACUAGUGUGACGACACUGACCGUAUGUAUGUAUUUAUGUAUGUAUGUUGGGUAUCGUAUGAACUGGAAUAGUUUUCUGAAAAUACUGGAACUGUAUGGAAUUAUAUGAAACUUUACGAAUUGUUUCAAACUGUAUCGUAUGUAUAGUGUUAUGAAGUAUGUAAAAUGACACCGGUAUGCCACACAUUGAUAUAAAUUGUUUUCUUCCUUACUGAGAGGUGUCUCACCCCGAAUGUACGUACAAUGUUUUUUAGAUCCUUCAGGUAGCGGUAAGUAGCAUCUUAGCAUCUGAGAGCAGGGGUGUCGUAGCUACUGCUAAUACCUUUUAGGUAUGAGUUUUGGUAUCCAGGUUGUCAGGAUAGUUUUGUAGACACUUGGGUAUGUUUUGUUUUAUGGGUAUGUUAUCCUAGUUUGUAUAGACAUUGGUAUGAUACUAGUUGCGUAUAACAGACUGUAUUUCGCUGCGUAUUUUGAUGAGUAUGGACGUUUGUAUGUAUGUAUAUCGAGCAUCCGUUCACCCCACGGGAUCGAACCCUCUUUUCAUGUUAUAUCAUAUAUGUUUUAAAUUGAUAUGGAGAAAGGUUAAGUUACUUAAUUCACCACCUGUGACCCACCUGCGGAUUCGAGGCGUGAUAGCUUGGUAUCAGAGCUAACCAGGUUGUUAGGUCUUGCAGACUUGGUUUGGAGUAUUAAUGUGUACAUACUAGAGUAUAGGAUGUAGGAAAUGGGUAGUGUUGGUCGAGGGUUGUUUUGUUGUUAGAUUGGGAUUUGUCGACGGUAUUCCGUGUUUUUCCUGAGAUGACGAUUCGAGUAAAGGCAGGGCAGACCAUUGACGACUUUCGUGUCAGUGUAACGAAAUAGACUUAGACCUGUGAGAAUAAUAGUUGACAUGAUUAGGUCUAUGAUUGUAUUAACUGUGUACGAUAUAGGAAUUCUAAUCAAUUCUUAUUCUGUUUUCAGUAUGGAGCCCAAGGAUAAUAACUUGGAGAGUGGCUCCGAGGAGAUGGCAAGUGAUGAGUCUCCUUCUGUAUCUCGUGGUUUGGCGAGACAGGUGAUCCGAGAGAUUGGGCGGAGUGUUAGGAGACGUGGUAGCUCUUCUACUGAUGCAGGGUGUACCAUCAAGAGGUUCACACGCAUGCACUCUUCAAGAAGCAGAAGCAGAAGGAUUUUGGAAGUUCUCCACUGCACUGAGAAGCAGAAGAUUUUGUACGCCACCUUCCAGCUGAUUAGGGAGGCAGGGCGAUGGUGGACAGCAGUGAGCCUACUUGAGAGGCAGAGAGCUGGUCCAACUGAUUUGACGUGGGGCCGCUUCAAGGAGGUAUUUUUUGAAAAAUACUUUCCAGUCUCCACACGGGAUGCUAAGGCCGAUGAGUUUUCGGGCCUAAUGCAGGAAACUUUGAUGGUGCAGAGGUAUGCUUCCAGAUAUAUCAAGUUAUCUCGAUUUGCACCAUACUUGGUUCCGAAUGAGCACGAGAAGUCUCGAAUGUUCGAGAGGGGUAUGAGGAAAGACAUCUGCCGUCUUGUGGGGAGGCUGUAGAUCCGUGAGUUCUCUGUUCUGGUGAAUUAAGCCACCAUUGUUGAGACCGACCUUCGGGGAGAUGAGGUAGUACAGGUUUAGGAGAAAAUGUCAGUAUCUUCUGGUCCUCAGAAUGGUCCUUAGCAGAGUAAGUAGAAGAAGAAGAAGAAUUACAGUUCUGGUUAUCGGCAGAACACCGAUCGGCUAAGUUCUCAAGAGGAUUCAUCCUUCGCACCGUGCACCAAGUGCCAUAAAUGGCACGAUGGUGAGUGUCAGCCAUUCUGGGGUGUUUGCUACAACUGUGGCAAGUCGGCCCACAUGGCGAAGAGCUGCCAGGAACUGAAGAAGGAUAUGUCUGCACAGAGCCAGAACCGUGGGAGUAAUCAGAUGUCUCGAGGGAACUACCAGGCAACCACGGCUCCGGCGAGAGUAUAUUCACUUACUCCAACAGAUGCGGAACACGCUGGGAAUGUGGUGACAGGUACCAUGUUAUUGCUUUCGAAUAGAGCUGUUGUUUUGUUUGAUUCGGGGGCAACCCAUUCGUUCAUAUCUGCUAGUUAUGUGAAAUUAUGUGGGGUGGAAACCUGUGUGAUGAAUGAGAUGUUGUCUGUGAUUACGCCAACUGGGAGUGUAAUGACUUGUAGUAAGAUGUUAAGAAACUGUCCAGUUGUAAUUCAGGAGAGACUACUACUGGCAAAUCUUGUAGUAUAUGACAUGUUGGGUUUCGACGUCAUAUUGAGAAUGGAUUGGUUAUUCUCUAGUUAUACGGCGAUUGACUGUCGGAAGAAAGUAGUAGUGUUCAUACCUCCUGGAAAGCAGGAGUAUGAGUUCGUGGGAUCGUGUGUGCGUUUGACACCUCAGAUUUUAUCGGCAUUAUAGGCAAGGAGGUUACUCUUAGAGGGUUAUAAGGGGUACCUAGCUUGUGUGAAGGAACCGCCGCGGGAUGUGUUGAGACUCGAGGACAUUCGAGUGGUCAACUAAUUUUUGGAUGUGUUUCCUGAAGAACUACCUGGUUUACCUCCAGAUCGUGAGGUGGAGUUUGAGAUAGAAUUGCUGUUUGGUAAGGCACGGAUCUUUAAAACCCCAUACCAGAUGGCUCCAACAGAAUUUUGAGAGUUGAAGGAGCAGUUGCAGGCAUUACUGGACCAGGGUUUUAUUCGACCGAGUGUUUCACCCUGAGGAGCUCCAGUAUUAUUUGUGAAGAAGAAGGACGAGUUGAUGCGUAUGUGUAUUGACUACCGUGAGAUCAACAAAGUGACGGUGAAGAAUCGUUACCAUUUGCCUCGUAUAGAUGAUCUUUUUUACCAGUUGGAGGGGACGCAUGUCUUUUCGAAGAUCGAUCUACGGUCAGGGUAUCAUCAGAUGAGGGUUAGGUCUGAGGAUAUAGCUAAAACUGCUUUCCGAACCAGGUACGACCACUAUAAAUUCUUAGUUAUGCCGUUUGGGUUAACCAAUGUGUCAGCGGUGUUUAUGGAUCUGAUGAACAGGGUGUUUCAUAACUACCUGGAUCAGUUCGUAGUUGUGUUCAUCGAUGAUAUUCUAGUAUAUUCGAAGAGUUCGGAAGAGCACGAGUACCAUUUGAGGUUGGUACUACAAAUUUUGCGGGAGAAUAAGUAAUAUGCUAAGCUGAAAUAGUGUGAGUUCUGGUUGAAUCAGGUUGCGUUCUUAGGCCAUGUGGUGUCUCAAGGCGGUAUCUCCAUUGAUCCUAGUAAGAUUGAAGCUUUGGUCGGCUGGGUUAGACCGAAGAAUGUGCAGGAGGUUCGGAGUUUUCUAGGACUGACAUGUUACUAUCGUCGGUUCGUGGAGGGAUUCUUUAAAUUGUCUGGACCUCUAACACGAUUGACUAAGAAGGGAGUGAAAUUUGACUGGACUAGUAAUUGCGAGCAGUGUUUUCUUGAGUUGAAGCACCGGCUGGUUACUGCUCCAGUAUUGACCACUCCUUCGGGGAAUGGGGGUUUUGUGAUCUAUAGCGACGCGUCCCUAAAAGGUUUGGGAUGUGUGCUUAUGCAACAAGGUAAGGUGGUAGCUUAUGCUUCUCGACAACUUAAGGAGUAUGAGAAGAAUUACCCUACGCAUGAUCUGGAAUUGGCUGUUAUAGUAUAUGCUCUAAAGAUCUGGCGACACUACCUAUAUGGUGUUCAGUGUGAGAUUUUCAUUGAUCACAAGAGCCUCGGGUACUUUUUCACACAGAAUGAGCUGAAUAUGAGGCAGAUGUGGUGACUAGAGUUGAUUAAGGACUACGAUUGCACGAUUAGUUAUCACCCGGGAAAGGAUAAUGUGGUAGCAGAUGCAUUAAUUCGGAAGUCAGAACAUGAAGUAGCAUCUGCAGUUGUAGCUUAGCAUCAUAUUAGACGGGAUCUAGAAAGCCUUGGCGUGGAGUUGGUAUCUGGUGAUCAUCAAGUUUUCAUUGUUAGCUUGGUGAUCCGACCGACCUUGUAUGAGCGUAUUAAAGCUACGCAUGCUAGUGAUGAUAAGUUAGCUGAGAUUGUAGAGAAGAUACAGUAGGGUUUAACUACAGAUUUUAACAUCUCUGACAGAGGUGUGUUGAGGUUUGGGACCAAACUAUGUGUUCCAAAGGACGAGGAAAUCAGAAGGACGAUUCUAGAGGAAGCGCACCGUUCUCUGUAUACACCGGGUGGUACGAAAAUGUAUUGGGAUAUGCGCGAGUCCUUCUGGUGGAGUAGUAUGAAGAGAGAUAUUGUCCGGUUUGUGGAGCAGUGUCUGACAUGUCAGCAGGUGAAAGCUGAACAUCAGAGACCAGUAGGGCCGUUGCAGCCUUUGUCUAUUCCGGUGUGGAAAUGGGAACACAUUUUCAUGGACUUUGUUAUUGGAUUACUGACAGCACUUCACGGGCAGAAUGCUAUUUGGGUAAUUGUGGACAGGUUGACGAAAUCUGCUCACUUUGUACCAAUGAAGGUUAGCUACCCUUUGAGUAGGCUAGCUGAUAUGUACGUGCAUGAGAUUGUGCGAAUGCACGGAGUACCGGUGUCCAUUGUUUCAGAUCGGGAUCCGAGGUUUACUUCUUGACUUUGGAAGCGCUUGCAAGAAGCAUUGGGGACGAAGCCUACUUUCAAUACAGCGUUCCACCUCCAGACUGAUGGACAGUCGGAGAAGACAAUACAGAUCUUGGAAGAUAUGUUACGGGCUUGUGUAUUGGACUUCAGUGGUAGUUGGAUUCGGUUUCUGCCACUAAUGGAGUUUGCCUAUAACAAUAGCUUCCAGACUAGUAUAGGGAUGGCACCAUUCGAGGCUUUGUAUGGUCAGAGGUGUCGAUCUCCUUUGUAUUGGGAUGAGGUUGAUGAACGUCAGGUUUUAGGAUGUGAACUUGUGCAGCAGGCGUCUGAGAAGGUAGGUUUGAUCCGGGAGAGGAUUAGAUUCACUCAGAGUUGGCAGAAAAGUUACGUGGAUGUUCUCCAUCGUGAGUUGGAAUUCGAGGUGGGGGGUAAGGUAUUCCUUAAAAUCGCUCCGAUGAAGGGAGUAAUGAGAUUCGGAAGGAAUGGCAAGUUGAGCUCGAGGUAUAUCGGACCAUUCGAAGUCAUUGAGCGAGUGGGUCUGGUAGCCUACAAAGUUGUAUUAUCCCCAACACUAUCGAGGGUCCAUGAUGUGUUUCAUGUAUCCAUGUUGAGAAGGUACGUGUUGGAUCCUUCACAUGUUCUUAGUUAUGAUAGUUAUAAAUUGGAAAUACUUUAGUGUAUGAGGCGAUACCUGUUCUGAUCCUGGAUCGUAAAGUUCAGAAGUUUCGUACCAAAGAAAUACCAUUGGUGAAGGUAUUAUGGCGAAACCAUGAGGUUGAGGAAGUUUCUUGGGAACUGGAAACGGAAAUACGUCAGAAGUAUUAGCAGUUGUUCUGAGUAGUACUUGGAUAGCAGGGUGGUAUAAGUAUGUGUGUAUGUAUGUAAACCUCUGUUAUCGUAUUGUAUUUAGUGGUUAGUCUCUAGGAGAGUCUUGUGGUAUUGUAAGCUCCCGAGACCGUAUAUGUAUGUGACCACGGUAUUCCUUCGCCAUAAGUGAGGGCAUGUAUGUAUGUAUUGUAACGGGACUGCGUAUAAAUGGCUGCCGUAUUCUCUAGAGUGUGUAUGUAUGUAUCAUAACGGGGCUGCGUAUAAAUGGUCGCCGUAUUCUCUAGAGUGUGUAUGUAUGUAUCGUGACGGGACUGCGUGUAGGUAAUCAUCGUUUCACCUCAGAGUAGGUAUGUAUAGAGUAGUAUGAAUGAGAUUGUAAAGAGAGAUUGCAAAUUUCGAGGAUGAAAUUUUUGUAAGGAAGGGAGAUUGUAAGAACCCGAACUGUGAUAAUGGGUUAAUAUAUAUAAAGAGAUGGAAAUUUUGGUAAAAGAGCAGGUUGGUCAACGAAGCCGAAUUUCGUCGACGAGGCCUUUGUUAUUCUCGUUGACGAAAUUCAGAGCCUUGUCAACGAGAAAAAAGCCGAGGAGUUCAGGGAAAUUUAAAUAUCAAGGUUCGUCGACGAAAUCACUGCCUUGUCGACGAAAUCCCUAAAGACCUCGUCAACGAGGAGACCAAUUCGUCGACGAAGCCUCUCAGGUCAAGGGUUUUUAUAUGGAUAUUUUGGGAUUACUUUGGGACUAAGUUUUCCCAAAAGCUCUCUCUCUCUUUCUCUCUCUAGAACUCUCCCUACACUCUCUCUCUCUAGUUUUCUUUGUCGUUCGUUGCCGGAUUCGUAAAUCCAACGAUACUGCCAGGAUUAGUAAAGGAUUCUCUACGUCUCUACUGGAUCGGAAUCUCGUUUCGAAGGAUUUCGGGUUUUGGGCCAAAAUCGAGGUAAGACUUGGUUUUCAUUUCUGAUUCAGUAUAUGUAUAAUAGUACGGAUUGUAAGUAUGUUUUGUACUGUGAUUUGUAGAUUUCGGAGUCUCGGUUCGUAGUUUUGAAGACCAUAGAGUUCGUAGUUGGAUUUCGGAUUAAGGUAAGGAGAUUCUGUUUAUAUUAGUCCAUUUUCUAAAUUAUGAUCGGUAAGCCUGUAGGCUACGAUCAUAUGUAUGUUUUGGCUACUUAUUUGGGAAAAUCUAUCGGGUAAAAAUACGGGAUUUUCGAGUUACAGUUUUCGAAAAAAUUGGGGAUUUCAGGUAUUAUCUAUAUUUUGUUUGGAGAUAUGUUGGUUGUGUUAAAACUGUAUUAUUGAGGUGACUGUAAUCCAUAUUUGCAUAAACUGUAUACUUGAUAUUGUAAAUGAUAUGAUUUGCCCUAAACCAAAUAAGUGUGAUAUGUAUGGUUGUAUGUAUUUGUUUCAGGUAUUAUGUGACAGUUAAUUACCGUACGCUGAAAUGUAUAAGAAAGUGAGUUUCAAAAUGAUUCCAAGAGUUUGUAAAAACAGUCAUGUAUCGGUUAACUACCGUGGGCGAAAGUGGCCGACUCUAUAUCCGGGGUGUGAAAUAUCACUAGUAUGUUUCGGCUGGUCACCAAAGGGUGUGUUUUACAUCGUAUAUAGCAACGAAUUCACAGUGGGCCUAGGUCGUCGCAGCAUAGUUGUACAUGUGGCACUGUAAUCGGGGUAAGACUAGGUGACUUUGUGUAGUUGCGUAUGUAGCAAUGGAUUCACUAUUGGGCCUGAGUCGUAGAUCUUCGUAGUUGCAUACGUAGUAAUGUAAUCGCUGUGAGACUAGGUGACCUUGUGUAGUUGCAUAUGAAGCAAUGGAUUCACCAUUGGGCCUUGAUCGUCGUAGCAUAGUUGUGUAUGUAGCAAUGUAAUCGCUGUGAGACGAGGUGACCUUGUGUAGUUGCGAACUAGUGUGACGACACUGACCGUAUGUAUGUAUGUAUGUAUGUUAGGUAUUGUAUGAAUUGGAAUGGUUUUCUGAAAAUACUGGAACUGUAUGGAAUUGUAUGAAACUGUACAAAUUGUUUCAAACUGUAUCAUAUGUAUAGUGUUAUGAAGUAUAUAAAAUGACACUGGUAUGUCACACACUGAUAUAAGUUGUUUUCUUCCUUACUAAGAGAUGUCUCACCCCGAAUGUACGUACAAUGUUUUUCAGGUCUUUCAGGUAGUGGUAAGUAGCAUCCUAGCGUUUGGGAGCAGGAGUGUCGUAGCUACUGCUAGUACCUUUUAGGUACGAGUUUUGGUAUCCAGGUUGUCGGGAUAGUUUUGUAGACACCUGGGUAUGUUUUUUAUUGUGGGUAUGUUAUCCUAGUUUGUAUAAACUCUGGUAUGAUACUGGUUGUGUAUAACAGAUCGUAUUUCGCUGCGUA